AUGAUGCUGGAAGGGUCUACUUGGCCAACCAACAAUGCCAUGUGGAGUAAAACGUCUCAGUGUGCGAUCGGAGACAGCGCAGCUUACGUUGAAAGCUGGCACAGCCCGCGGCAGACCGAAAUGUUCGCGAAGCCGGACUGCAGUUCGAUAGCGAAGGGGGUGUCAGAACCACGCUUCCCGUUCCCAGAGCUGGAGCCGAGCGGCGUGCGCGUCGCCGGCGACCUUCCGCUUUCGCAGCGGCUGCGGCGGAGUGGGGUGCGCGGCACCCUGGUUCGGCUCUCUCACAAGAGCCAAGGUUUCCAGGCCGAUCCGACCCGGCACUAUGUGCGUCUGAUCUCCUGGCUGCGGCUCUCGACGUCCCUGGCCGACCAGCUGCCGGCCGACAUGCUCGAGGGCCUCAUGCGGCCCCUGCUGGGCCCCGCCUAUCGCUGCAGCACAGCGUUCCGCAGCUCGGGCCGGCUCCCUGAUGUGGUCACCUUAGACCAGGCGAUGCAACUCGACGCCAAGCAGCGACGCGAGUACCUCGCGGAGCUUGGACAGGCCUUCAUCGACCGCGCCAGCGAGCGCAUGAAGGAAGCAAGGAAGAGCUCUGAGUUCGCGCAGCUUCUGACUUCAGUGCGGAAGGCCGUGGAAGCAAAGCGAACCGAGCGUGUCCAGAAGCGACGGCUGCAGCCGGUGACAGACCCCGAGGCUGCUGCCGCGGCAAAGCGGGGCAAGAACCGGCGCCGUGCACAGGGCAAGAAGCGAAAGUUGGAGGA